AGAGAAAGAACCGAAAAAGAAAGUUAAAAGUGCUCCAAAAAAGAAGAAAGGUUCAGGCACAGAUGGCGAUGAUGACGAUGAGGAAGAGGACACCCCGAAGAAGAAAACUAAGAAGAAGACGACGAAGGACAGCUCUCCAAUCGCAAGUUCUGCCAAAGAUAAGAAAUCUAAAUCUAAAGACAAAGAUUCUGAUGGAAAAGAAAAAAAGUCCAAGUCGAAGGAGAAGAAGAAGGAGCCAGCUUCAAUGUUCCAGAUAAAUGGAGAAAAAGACUCAAAAAGCAAGAAGAAAGCUGCCAAAUCGGACAGUGACGACAGUGAAGGGGAAACAAAGUCCAGCAAAACGAAGAAGAAAGCCAGCGCUGGCUCUUUGUCCAUGUUCCAAACAUCAGGAGACAAAGACAAAGACAAAGAAAAAGACAAAGAUAAGAAGACAAAGAAGAAAGCAAAGGCAGAGGAGAGCGACGACUCUGACUCUGAGAAAGAAGAAAAAUCAAAGAAGAAAAAGGGCAAAGGGAAGAAGAAAAAGGAGAGACCUCCGACGCCUGAGAUUGAGUUUGACAACUUGGAGAUCUUCGUGCUGCAGCCGGCUCCGCAGGGCGUGACCAUCAAAUGCCGAGUGACGCGAGACCAGAGAGGGAUGGACAAGAGCCUCUACCCUCUGUAUUACCUCCAUCUAGACAACGAAAAAAAGACAUUCCUAUUAGCCGGGAGGAAAAGAAAGAAAUGCGCAACUUCGAAUUACCUCAUCUCCAUCGACGCCACAGAUUUAUCCAGAGGCGGAGAGAAUUUUGUGGGGAAGCUGAGGUCAAAUUUAAUGGGCACUAAGUUCACAGUAUUCGACAAUGCUCUGAAUCCAGAAAGAGCUCUUCCAGACAUGUCGAACGCACGGCAGGAGUUGGCAGGCAUCAUCUAUGAAACAAAUGUCUUAGGAAUGAAAGGACCCAGAAGGAUGACAGUCAUAGUUCCUGGAAUGGACAAGGACAACGACAGGGUACCACUCCGACCAAGAAAUGAAUGUGACGGCUUGUUGAUAAGACACCAGAAUAGAAGGACGGAAAAUCUGAUCGAGCUUCGCAACAAGACGCCAGUGUGGAACGAAGAAACGGCGUCUCAUGUGCUCAACUUCAACGGCAGGGUCACCCAGGCCUCCAUCAAGAACUUCCAGAUCGUCCACUCCAAAGACCUCGACUACAUUGUGAUGCAGUUUGGACGGAUAGCGGACGACAUUUUCACGCUGGACUUCAACUACCCGCUGUGCGCUGUGCAGGCAUUCGCCAUCGCGCUCUCCAGCUUCGACGGCAAAAUUGCCUGUGAAUAACGAGACAGAUUCCCCAGUAGCUCACACGCACACGCACACGGACGGACGGACGGACGGACGGACGGACGGACGCUUCAGUGUGCGCAACACGCCCAACACUGACACCAGGCCAACCCAUGUCUGUGGACGUUGCCUUCGACACGUCCUGUGAUGGGCACCGAUAAACGAAUAAUGAUUCCUUGAAUGCAGCUCACCUUUUUGUGGCGUGUGAUUCCCACAUCUGAUCUUACAUGACAACUGGACUGACCGGAUUUUGUUUUUGUCUCAGUUAUUCACUCUGUUUUCUGUUGAGGGGAUGAAGGUGUUUAAAGAUUACUAACAUCAUCGAAAGAUGUUAAACUGUUCAUGUUUCAGCUUUGUUGUGCUGUAUUGUAUUGUAUGGUAUUGGGCUGUACUUCAUGUCAGACUUCAUGACUUUAAAAAAUGCAAACACACUUUUAAAAGAAUUUUAAGAAUUUAAAAGAAAUUUAAGAAUAUCCGAUUUCUUUGGGGCAAAGACUCAUUUUUUAAUCUGUAAAUUAAACUUUGUGAGAUAUUGACCAUCUGCACAGGUGACACCUUGUUACGCUCAUAGCAUUGAAAGAAUGAGUGAAGCUUAUUCAACAGACUGUCCAUGUUUUAGUGACUUUAUACCAGUAGAGAAACACUUUGGAUUAGAAGCAUCUGUAGUUCUUAGUAUCUCUCACAUUUUUAUUUCAUUACUCUGCAGAUUUCUUGUCCUUUUCUGACGAUUUGAGCCCACGUAGAUUUUUAUAUUUUUACAUUCAUUUUUUUCUGAACACUGCCUUUGUUGCAUUUGUAGGCUUGUUGUAAUUAUGUUAUUUAAUAAAGCAUGUGAAUUACAUUU